AUUUUGUCUUCUUGACAUUGGACCCAUGCGAUGAACCGAGGUGCAUGUCGCAGCGCGAGUGACGGGGAAUAUUUGCUAAUCUUUGGAUCUUAAAACCGUGGAUAUUUUUGGAAAAGCAUGCAGAAAUCUUGAAAUGAGAGUGUGAAAUGGUAUCACUUCCGAAAGUGAGGAUUAUUACCGCUGCCUCAUUGAUGAAUACAAGCAGAACGGGUCUCAGGAAUAGCUGCUGCUGCAUUCAUAAACACUUCUUUAGGACUCACAACAACCCCUGAGCUUUGUUUUUGGGGUCACAAAACACCACAUAUUCCUGUUGUGCACGUGGGUUGACAAUGGCUGAAAAAGGUAAAAUGAAUAUAGGGCAUCUCGGCGGAGUUGCCAGGCUCCGAGAGGAAAACGAAAAGGUGGUGAAAGACUGUGAAAGUCGGAUUCAACACUGGCAAAAGGUGUCAGGUGACUAUGAAGCCCUGAAUGAGCGCCUUAAAACUCUUCCAGAUCAGCUGUCUUAUGACAUCAUGGUGCCGUUCGGCCCUUUGGCCUUCAUGCCCGGGAAGCUGGUGCACACAAACGAGGUCACAGCGUUGCUUGGCGACAACUGGUUCGCCAAGUGCUCUGCCAAGCAGGCUCAGAAAGUUGUCGAUCACAGGAUGAAAUGUGAGUCUCGUUUUUCAAAAGACUGCUUUCCUGUCCUCUCUCCAAAAGAGAGGAGUCAUUGUUUCAUUUUAAUGGAUUUGGAAACCAUCUCAUCCACUAAAGGGGACUACGUUGACAUCAGAGAAGACACCGGAAACGAUGACGCUGCUGUCACAAAAGGAAAGCAAAGAAUAGCUCGCAAACCACAUUCUAUGCCCAAGAUGGAUGCCGUGUUGGAUCUAAAAGAGGAGAACGAAGGAGGGAGCGGAGAUGGAGGCAGCGGAAACGGCACCUUGACCGAGGAGGAGUUGUGGGCUCGACUGGAUGAACUCGAGAAACUGGAGGAGCUACAAGAUGAGCAGGACAGAUUAUCCGAUAAUGCAGACCUGAAUGGCGAGGACACGUCAUCCGUUUCCUCCGAAGAGGAGAAGGAGGGAGAUGCCGCACCCCCGGUGAACGGACUGAGUCUGAAGCCCAGCUGGACCUCCAGGCCUCACAGUGAAGCGCCGCCGAGCGCAGACAGGAAAGCGGGAGAAGACGACGAGGAAGAGCAAGAGGAAGGCAGCUGUUUGCCUACCAUCUUUUUCUCUCACACAAUCGAACCCAAGAAGGUGAGGAUAAACACAGGAAAAAACACCAUGUUCAAGUUCAGUGAAAGGAAAGAGCAGAAGGAACACUCGAAGAAGAAGAAGAAAAACGGCCACAACAACGGACUCUCCCAUCACGAACUUCACAAAAUCACAACACCAGUGGACAUUUACAGGUUGUUUGUGGAUGUGAAGAACGGGGAGCCCGUCCCCAGGAAGUCCAUCCUAAAGUCUCGUAGCCGAGAGAACAGCGUGUGCAGCGACACCAGCGAGAGCAGCGCCGCGGACUUCGAGGAGCGCCGGGUGAUUGGACGCAGCUUCAGCCACGACGAGGCGACGCACAGCGACACCAGUGACGACAGUCCCACGGCGGUCCCACAGCACCCCGCCAGCCGAUUUGAGGCCUUUUCCGGUACAGUAGUAGAAAAGGAGCCGAUGCCGUCAGCUGUCCCCCAUCUGACCAUCGCUCCACCAGCUCUGCCCACCAUACUGGAGAGGAAACAGGAGGAGGUGACGCCUGACGUCGUCCCGCCCCAGCAAGCCCCGAAAAGGGUGUCCAAGUUUAAAGCUGCCAGGUUGCAGCAGGUGUGACUGUUAACGAGCAAAUAUCCAUAGUUCACAAUAACUUUUUGAUGUUUUUUUUUUAAAAGCCCGUUUCUUUUCUACAACUGAUGAACUGCACAAACCACCCUCUCCUCUUCUUUCUCUCACGUAUCUUUCACUUCUGUCCAUACAGGAUCUCUUUCAUUGAGUAUGACCUUUGCUUUAGAAAAAGUACAGUAGCAACGCCUUGUGUGUACUGCUUUUUUACCAAGCUCCAAACACUAGUAAAUGCAGUCUCUUUUGAUAUCCACUCCUACAGUAUAAAUGGCACUUAACAAUGUGGUCUAUCUUUCUGUGGGGAUUUUUUUAAACUGACUGCUUUCUGUCAUAUGUUUACCCAUCUUCUGCUUUUCUUUCGAUCCAUGUUUUUGCCCGGCUUAGGCUACACUUAGAAUCAGCCACCUUGUUUUGUUUCUUUUUUCCAAGUCAUGAUUAAUAAACAGAAUUAGGUGUCUGCUAGCUCUCAUGUUACCUUCACUCGACCUGCCUAAUGAAUGUAUGUAUUCCUUUGUGACGAGCUUUAUGUAAAGACAAAAAAAGAAUAUUGAUGGCAACUAAAAGGAAAAUAAACGAUUUUGGCUACAA